AUGACGGUGUUAAGUGAAAGACUCGACUUUUUAUCGACAAUUCCUGCACUGGACCCUGCUAUCCCUCUGACUCAGUAUUUACGAAUCUUGGGAGAACUCUCCAGUAGUGCAUUCGGACUCCAACAACAAUCGAAAGACCUCUUCUUAGCCUACAAUCCGUCCCUCAAAAGUGCUGUUAACCCCUGUUUCUCUGCCUCGGACCCUCUUCAUCCAGUCUCACCUUCAGGUUCCCUUGCAACGACCAAAGAUGCGCUAAAUACAGCUGCCCUUACAGCCGAUCCUGAACCUGUAUCCGCUGAAAUGGCCCCUGCUAAUGUAGCAUCACCAUCCUUACUUAAGAUGCCCAAACAAGCCGAGGAUCUCUUGGACACAAGCAUGAUUCUUCUCCUACGGUUCUGUAAGGUCUUGAUACUCUUGCCCGAGCUGCCAACCUUCCAACGCCAUUGCCAUGGCGCACUUCUUCAGCCAUAUGAGAAGCAGGCGUGUCUGUUUAUGGAUCAGCUACAGCGAUACUGCAACCAUGGGCCUCUUGAGUAUUGGAAAUUCAACUAUCCUGACCAUCCUAUCGACGCAAUCUCAAUAACAUCAAUGACUUCUCUAGGAAAUCAAACUCCCGCUAUCAUUAUCCUCUCACCACCAGCCCUGAUGCCAAAAUCAGAAUUAAGACAGAAAUCAAUUGCAAUGACAAGGAGUGUGCAGACACCUAUCAAAAAGGACAGCUCCAGUCGCGAUCUCAGUCGCACCGAUCGUGACAACGAUAACAGCAGCAGUGAUGGUAGCCUUGAAAGCGAGCCAUUGAUCCGCGGCCCUAAUGCCGCUACCAGGGCCAGAGCUAGAGCUCUCGAAGAUGGCCCCAAGUCUGAUACUGCACCUCCGCCAUAUAAUACAGGUGUAGGAAUAUCUCUCAAACCCACAUCCCCGAAUCAAGUGGGACCCAUCUCAAAAGACGCCUCACCAGCAACCAAGUCAAUUCCUUUUCUAGAGCGAGAUCGAACUGUCGAUACCGUUCCUGCUAUGGAAAGCUUCCCGAUCUCGCCGCACAACGAGCUUGUUCCAUCAGUCACUUCGGGACCUUCGAUUACUGCAAAUGAGCCGAGCGUGAAGUCAAGACAGUCCUCGCAGGGGACUGUAUUACUGACGCAGGCACCAUCUCCUUUGGCGUCAUCUAGCAAUGCCACCAUUAGAAGUAGCUCGACUAAAAAUGUAGCGGUGCCCAUAGUGCAACGCGACAACUGCUCUAAUGGCUUUUCCCUUCCUCUCUCUGCAGCUAUGUCUCCAUCUAUAAUUGCGAGAUCACCUACGUCUUCAACUGCGUCUGAUGGACUAAUUCCGAUAGCAAGCCCUAGGCCUAGACUUACUGACACAAAUGCUCUACUUUCUGCGCUUUCGGGGAUCCCGAAAGCAAAGCAAGAGUUGUCUUCUUCCUCAACUUCGUCGUUGUCGUCUUUGUCAUUGGCUUCGUCGCUACUGUUAACACCACCAGCACAGUCGCCAGAGCAACAAGACUCAUUGACACACCUGCAGUCACAGCUGCUCCUGCCGAUACCACACGCUGAUUCGAUUCAUCGCGCACAGGUGAUUGCCAACAAAGAACAUCAAGUCUUGAAUAUGCCCCUCCCAAGAUCUAGUUCUGGGUAUUGCUUUGAAGGAAAACAAUUAGUGAUCCCAAGGCAUACUGAGUCAGUAUCUGUACACCCUAUAGUCAGUAAUGCAGACCGACCUCUGCCAGCGACACCUACAUCUACAGCAUCUGCAACAUCAUUUCCAGCGCCAGUACCGCCUAUCGUCAUUGUCACGUCGCCAACCCUUUCAAACUCAGUUAUAUCAUCUAUUAACGCAUGGUCUCCAUCCGAUUCUUCUCCUGAUUCUGUUGCUUCGCCCUCCCUUUCUUCGUCGAGGUCGACAUCGUCAUCGAGGUCAACAUCCUCUACAUCUUCAAAUGCUCUUACGAUCGAAGCCUUACAUGCGCAUGCCACGACCUCUACACCUAAUCUUCCAGCGUCAUCCUUGACUUUCAAUACUACAGGUGCUAUUGCUUCCAAGAGCAUCAGCACCAAUCCUCCCCAUCCUCAGGCCCAAGUAAGGAGGUCCAGUGUGCACAAAUUAAUCCAGCUCUACAACGAUGGCUCUGUCAAUAACCCUGAAACAAACCCAUCAAGCUCUACAGGCACAGUUGCUCAACGAGGAAGGGUACUUGAGUCGAGAGUAGGAGGAGGGACCACUAGUGGCAGCAGCAGUGGCAGCGACAGCGGUAGUGAGCGUGAGAACAAGGCCUUAUUCGCGGCAGCAUCGUCAUCGUCGCCCAGAUCUCCACUAAAUAAUUCUAUCGAUCAAGAUCUCUAUCGCAUCACCCCGGGAGGCCAUAACAAUCCUCGGUCUCUGUCUCAAAUGGAAAAAGGGAAAAUGAAGAAGGUCUACAACUCUGGUAAUUUGCAGAGUCCCCCAGGGCCAACGGCCAUCAUCAUCACCCCCACCCCCCACACCAUACAGAUACCACCACGCAGUGCAGCACGGCCUCGGCAAGGAAGACCAACAACGGCGGUAGUAGGAGCAGGCACUGCAAGUGCGGCUGAAGUAGCAAAGCAGCAGCAGCAGCAGCAUUUCCAAGGAAUUGUUGAAACAGGGAGGAACGACGUCUAUUCAAAUGAUUAUCCGCUAGCUUUAUCAUCUAAUCCACCAAGCACAAAGCAACGGCAGCACCCAGCUGAUAUUAAGAUUAAUACUGCUGCGCCAAACAACUUCACGAAAGGGUAUAAAGAAUGCUACGAAGAUUGGAAUGGCUCCUCCACCUCAGCAUCGGCCUCGGCAAGUGAAUCAUGCUCCAACCCCUCAUGUCAAGGUUCGCUUGAGAGGAAAAAGGAUAACAAGGUACCAAAUCACGUAAAGUCGAUUGUACAACAACUAAACGGAGCAUCAACACCAUCCAGUGAUUCUGCGCCGGGAUCACCAGGAUCAACAACAUCCAAUCUGAGUUAUACUGUCCGGGAGGAUUUCACUACCACUGCCACUGUAAUGAAUGGCACUGUAGUGGCGACGAAUCUUGUAGCUGUUAAGGAUAGCUAUAGCGACAACAGCUAUAGCAACACCAGAGCGGAAACGUCUUCAACAGAAACGAUUCACAAGACUAAUUCCGCUGUUGAUGCGUGCCAGAAUAACCUUGGUCCCUCGAGUUCGACUUCGAAUCCAAUAUUAACCACCCUCCCUCCUCGAAAGGCAUCACAUUCUUCGCCGAGGUCCUUCGACCUUGAUACUAUCAAUGAAGAAGAAUCAGUGAUGUCUUCUCCUCCUUCUUCACUAGUAAAGAGACACUUUUCAACGACUUCAACAGCCACAUCAGCGUCUGACUCAAGGGCUCUUGCUCAUGACCAAGGUCUACUGCUUCUUACACGAAGAGGGUCUGAAAGCAAUGAUAAGGUUAGAGUAAAGAGUCAUUACUACCAACAGGCCAAAAGUAAUGAUCAUAACUUUGAAUAUAGCGAUAACGAAGGUGAUGACGACAAUGAGCCGGUCGAGCUGAUUCGCAUCCCCACCCAAAGCUCCUCUUGGUCAUCCCAUAUGCAUCAGUCUACAGUGAGCAGCCGCUCCAUUUCCAGAGCCUGUGAAGAAGUCCCACCGACGCAUGUAAUGGUCAUGAGAGAGCGUAGUGAUUUCACUACCACCGCUGAGAACGAGGGGUUCCUACAGUAUUUGGAUGUAGAGCCUCACUGUAGUACUCCUGAAUGGCUCAAAAAGCGAAAUAUCAUGGGCACAGAUAUGGAUAGGCAAAGUGCCGUUGAUUCAAAUGCUGGUAUGGUCGAUGACUAUACAGACAACGAUAUCGAGAGCGCUGUUGCUGAAGUCUCUUGGCGAGCUGAUGAGGAUGAGGACGACACUUUCACCCACCACAGACGACAACAGCGAAGGCAAGGAGGAAAUGGUUCGAAUAGCUGCUAUGAAAACAACGCGGUCCUCAGUCUAUUGUCUCGUAACACCUCAACGUCUUCGUCAUCAUCAAGAUUAUCACGUUCAUCUUCUCUUCAAGGUCAAUAUGACGCGCUCAAUUCCCCUCGCAUAAAGCCUUCAUCGACUCGUGUGUCAUUCACUCAAGAUCAUCUGAAUCACCACGAAGCAUUUGUUUCAUCGACAAUGACUGCCGUGAAUACUGAAAAGGCCACGAAUGCAACUACCCCCAAUCGUCCAAGACAUCCAAAUUACUUGGGUACUAACAUUGUUAGUAGUGCUCAGUCUGCUGCAGCAGCAUCUACAACUAUGUCAAAGUCUUUAUCGUCCUCAGUUACAUCGGCCACCUCGGCUUUAUAUCGUCAUCUACCUAGAGCCACGUCCACUCCCUCAUCUACUGUUCAUAUUGCUGGGACUUCGGCUUCCUCAAGCUCAACUGCAGCACAUUCUCGGGUUAGGACAACAACAGAAACAAUAUCCUAUGAAGGAGUAUCAAGUUUAGGUUCGAUGCGAAGGACUCAAUCACGUGGAACAUCCGUCUUGGGAACCACAAUUGUGCCCUUCACAUCCUCUAGCACUACUGCACUCAACGUCCAACAGGCUUCUAUGCUUAUUCAGGAUAGACUUCAACAAGAGCAGCAACGACGUAAACACCCUCAAACUCAUCAAGCUCAAGCUCUUCCUCAAGUUCUAGCCCAACCCCAGCGACCAACCAAAAAGUAG